CCCGGCGUGGUCGAGGGCGCGCGGGCCCGGGCCGGGGGUGGGGUCGCCGCGGGCUCGGCCCCCUCAGUUCCCGCGCUCGGGCCCUGCCGGGACCCAGGAAGUGGCCCUAGGCCGCGGCCCUCGCUCCGCCUCCUCCCGCCCGCGUUUAUCACCUGCUGGCCCGGCGCGCGCGGGCGGGGGAGGAGGGCCGAGGGGGAGCGCGCGGGCGGCCAGGCGCCGGGUCGCCGGAGGUGAAGCGCGGCGAGGAUGGCGGCGCGGGCCCGGGGACUGCCGCCGCUGCUGCACGCGCUCUCGGUGCUGCUGGCGCUGGGCCCCAUCGCCGCGGCGGCCAAGCUCAACAUCCCCAAAGUGCUGCUGCCCUUCACGCGGGCCACGCGCGUGAACUUCACGCUGGAGGCCUCGGAGGGCUGCUACCGCUGGUCAUCGACCCGGCCGGAGGUGGCCAGUAUCGAGCCGCUGGGUGCGGAUGAAGCGCAGUGCUCCCAGAAGGCAGUGGUGCAGGCCCGCCUGUCCCAGCCUGCCCGCCUGACCAGCAUCAUCUUUGCCGAGGACAUCACCACGGGCCAGGUCCUGCGCUGUGAUGCCAUCGUCGACCUCAUCCACGGCAUUCAGAUAGUCUCCACUACCCGAGAACUCUACCUGGAGGACUCACCCCUGGAGCUGAAGAUCCAGGCUCUGGACUCUGAAGGGAACACAUUCAGCACUCUGGCUGGGCUGGUCUUUGACUGGACGAUCGUGAAGGACACGGAGGCCAAUGGGUUCUCGGACUCCCACAAUGCCCUGCGAAUCCUCACGUUCUUGGAGUCCACGUACAUCCCUCCUUCCUACAUCUCUGAGAUGGAGAAGGUGGCCAAGCAGGGGGACACCGUCCUGGUGUCUGGGAUGAAGACUGGCAGCUCCAAGCUCAAGGCGCGCAUCCAGGAGGCCGUCUACAAGCACGUGCGCCCUGCAGAGGUCAGACUGCUGAUUCUGGAGAACAUCCUUCUGAACCCAGCUUACGACGUCUACCUGAUGGUGGGGACCUCCAUUCGCUAUAGGGUGCAGAAGAUCAGGCAAGGAAAGAUCACAGAGCUGUCAAUGCCUUCUGAGCAGUAUGAGCUCCAGCUUCAGAACAGCAUCUCGAGCCCCGAGGGAGACGUGGGCCGGCCCGUGGCCGUCUUGGACCAGGACACAUCGAUGGUCACCGCCGUGCAGCUGGGACAGAGCAGCCUGGUCCUGAGCCACAGGAGUAUCCGCAUGCAGGGUGCUUCCAGGUUACCCAAUAGCACCAUCUACGUGGUUGAACCCGGAUACCUGGGGUUCACAGUCCACCCCGGUGACAGGUGGGUGCUGGAGACCGGCCGCCUGUAUGAAAUCACCAUCGAAGUGCUUGACAAGUCCGGCAACAAGGUCUACCUGUCAGACAAUAUUCGCAUCGAAACCGUGCUGCCUUCUGAGUUCUUUGAGGUGCUCGCUUCUUCCCAGAAUGGGUCGUACCAUCACAUCAGGGCAACAAAGCGGGGCCAGACGGCCAUCGAGGCAGCCCUCACCUCUGUGGUAGACCAGGAUGGAGGGGUCCACACAUUACGGGUGCCCGUGUGGAACCAGCAGGAGGUAGAAAUUCACAUCCCAAUCACCCUCUAUCCGAGCAUCUUGACGUUUCCGUGGCAACCAAAGACGGGCACCUAUCAGUACACAAUAAAGGCACAUGGUGGGAGUGGGAACUUCAGCUGGUCUUCAUCAAGCUACGUGGUUGCCACGGUCACCGUCAAGGGUGUGAUGACCACAGGCAGUGAUACUGGUCUCAGUGUGAUCCAUGCACAUGACGUGCAGAACCCGCUACAUUUCGGGGAGAUGAAGGUGUAUGUGAUCGAGCCCAGCAGCAUGGAGUUCGCCCCGUGCCAGGUGGAGGCACGUGUGGGCCAGACCUUGGAGCUGCCCCUGAGGAUCAGUGGCCUCAUUCCUGGUGGGGCCAACGAGGUGGUCACCCUGAGCGACUGCUCCCAUUUUGACUUGGUGAUCGAGGUAGAGAACCAAGGCGUGUUCCAGCCGCUCCCAGGGAGGCUGCAGCCAGGAUCUGAGCACUGCAGUGGGGUCAAGGUGAGAGCAGAGGUCCAGGGCUACACCACACUCCUCGUGAGCUACAGACAUGGCCACAUCCACCUGAGUGCCCGGAUCACCAUCGCUGCCUACCUGCCCCUCAAGCCGGUGGAUCCCUCCUCUGUUGCCUUGGUGACCCUUGGGUCCUCGAAGGAGAUGCUGUUUGAAGGAGGUCCCAAACCCUGGGUCCUCGAGCCUUCCAAGUUCUUCCGGAACAUCACCUCCGAGGACACAGACAGCAUCAGCCUGGCUCUCUUUGGGCCCUCUACCUCCCGGAAUUACCAGCAACAUUGGAUCCUCGUGACCUGCCAGGCCUUGGGCGAGCAGGUCAUCGCCCUCUCGGUGGGGAACAAGCCCAGCGUCACCAACCCCUUCCCCGCGCUGGAGCCCGCUGUGGUGAAGUUCGUCUGCGCCCCACCCUCCAGGCUCACCCUGACCCCCGUCUAUGCCAGCCCCCAGCUCGACCUGUCGUGUCCACUGCUGCAGCAGAACAAGCAGGUGGUUCCGGUCUCCAGCCACCGCAACCCCCUGCUGGACCUGGCCGCCUACGACCAGCAGGGCCGCAGAUUCGACAAUUUCAGCUCUCUGAGCAUCCAGUGGGAGUCGACCAGGCCCUCGCUGGCCAGCAUCAAGCUUGAGCUGCCCAUGCAGCUGGUGGCCCAGGGCGAUGGGAGCGGCCAGCGGAAGCUGCACGGUUUGCAGGCCAUCUCGGUUCACGAGGCAUCAGGGACCACAGCCAUUUCCGCCACCGCCACAGGCUACCAGCAGUCCUACCUCAGCACGGCCAGGGUGGAGCAGUCGUACGACCCUCUCAUGCCCGUGUCAGCCUCCAUAGAACUCAUCCUGGUGGAAGACGUGAGGGUGAGCCCGGAGGAGGUGACCAUCUACAACCACCCCAGUGUUCAGACCGAGUUGCACAUCAGAGAAGGCUCUGGCUACUUCUUCCUCAACACCAGCACCGCAGACAUCAUCAAAGUGGUCUACCAGGAGGCCAGGGGCGUGGCCAUGGUGCACCCUUUGCUCCCGGGCAUGUCGACCAUCAUGAUCCAUGACCUGUGCCUUGCCUUCCCGGCCCCGGCAAAGGCUGACGUGUACGUCUCAGACAUUCAGGAGCUCUACGUCCGCGUGGUUGAUAAGGUGGAGAUUGGGAAGAUGGUCAAGGCAUAUGUCCGCGUGCUGGACUUUCACAAGAAGCCUUUUCUGGCCAAAUACUUUGCCUUCAUGGACCUGAAGCUCCGGGCGGCUUCUCAGAUCAUCACGUUGGUGGCCCUCGAUGAAGCCCUUGACAACUACACUGCCACGUUUCGCGUCCAUGGCGUGGCCAUUGGCCAGACCAGUCUCACUGCAACGGUGACUAAUAAAGCUGGACAGCGAAUCAACUCGGCCCCACAGCGGAUUGAGGUCUUUCCCCCAUUUAGGUUGAUACCCAGGAAGGUGACACUGAUCAUCGGAGCCAUGAUGCAGAUCACCUCGGAGGGCGGCCCGCAGCCCCAGUCCAAUAUCCUCUUCUCCAUCAGCAACGAGAGCGUUGCUGUGGUGAACAGCGCGGGGCUGGUGCAGGGGCUGGCCGUCGGCAACGGCACAGUGUCUGGGGUCGUACGGGCUGUGGACGCUGAGACUGGCAAGCUCGUCAUCGUGUCUCAGGACCUCGUGGAGGUGGAGGUGCUGCUUCUGCAGGCCGUGAGGAUCCGCGCCCCCAUCACUCGCAUGAGGACGGGGACCCAGAUGCCUGUUUAUAUCACCGGGAUCACCAACAACCAGAACCCUUUCUCCUUUGGCAAUGCUGUGCCAGGCCUGACCUUCCACUGGUCUGUCACCAAGCGGGACAUCCUGGACAUCCGAGGGCGACACCAUGAGGCUUCACUACGGCUUCCGUCACAGUACAACUUUGCCAUGAACGUGCACGGCCGAGUGAAAGGCCGGACCGGGCUGAGGGUGGUGGUCAAGGCUCUGGACCCCACCGCCGGGCAGCUGCAUGGCCUCACCAAAGAACUCACCGAUGAGAUCCAAAUCCAGGUAUUCGAGAAGCUGCUGCUGCUGAACCCUGAAAUAGAAGCAGAACAAAUACUAAUGUCACCCAACUCAUUUAUAAAGCUUCAGACAAACAGGGAUGGCGCAGCAUCUCUGAGCUACCGCGUCCUGGAUGGGCCAGAGAAGGUUCCCGUGGUGCAUGUGGACGAGAAAGGCUUCGUGACAUCAGGGUCCAUGAUCGGGACAUCCACAAUUGAAGUGACUGCCCAAGAGCCUUUCGGGGCCAACCAAACCAUCAUCUUUGCUGUAAAGGUGUCUCCAGUUUCUUACCUGAGGAUCUCCAUGAGCCCCGCCCUGCACACCCAGAACAAGGAGGCUCUGGCAGCCCUGCCUUUGGGAACGACUGUGACCUUCACGGUCCACUUCCAUGACAACUCCGGAGACAUCUUCCAUGCUCACAACUCGGUCCUCAGCUUUGCAACCAACAGAGAUGAGUUUGUGCAAAUUGGGAAGGGCACCACCAACAACACAUGUGUCGUGCGCACCGUCAGCGUCGGCCUGACGCUGCUCAGCGUGUGGGACUCGGAGCACGUGGGCCUCUCCGACUUCGUCCCGCUGCCCGUCCAGCAGGCCAUCUCCCCGGAGCUGUCCGGAGCGGUGGUGGUGGGGGACGUCCUCUGUCUGGCCACAGUCCUGGUCGGCCUGGAAGGCCUCUCUGGAACCUGGAGCUCCUCGGCCAGCAGCGUCCUCCACAUCGAGCCCAGGACAGGCGUGGCUGUGGCCCAAGAGGCGGGAUCUGUGACGGUUUACUACGAGGUUGCUGGGUACCUGAGGACCUACAAGGAGAUAGUGAUUGGUGUCCCUCAAAGGAUCGUAGCCCGUUCCGUCCGCCCAGGCCAGACCAGCUUCCCGGAGGCCUCCAAGGUGACUGUCACCGUGGGAGACAGAAGCUCUAACCUGAGAGGUGAGUGCUCCCCUGCUCAGAGGGAAAUCAUGGAGACUCUGCAUCCAGAAUCCCUCAUUAGCUGCCAGGUCCAAUUCAAGCAGGACGUCUUCGAUUUCCCAGCACGCGACGUUUUCACGGCAGAGCCAGGAUUUGACGCAACUCUGGGCCGGUACCUCUGCUCCGUCACAAUGCACAGGCUGACAGACAAACAGCUGAAGCAUCUCAGCAUGAAGAAGACGGUGCUGCUGGUCACCGCCUCCAUCCCGGGCAUCCACAUCCCAGGAGAGCACGUGGGCGCCGAGGUGCCCUUCAGCCCAGGGCUGUACACUGACCAGGCUGAAAUCCUUUUGAGCAACCACUACACCAGCUCGGAGGUCAAGGUCUUUGGUGCCAUGGAGAUUCUCGAAAACCUGGAGGUGAAAUCAGGGUCCCCAGCUGUGCUGGCCUUUGAGAAGGAGAAGUCUUUGGGGCUCCCCAGCUUCAUCACCUACACAGUUGGCGUCUCGGAUCCUGCGGCCGGCAGCCAGGGGCCUCUGUCCACCGCCCUGACCUUCUCCAGCCCCAUGACUAACCAAGCCAUCACCAUUCCGGUCACCGUGGCCUUUGUGAUGGAUCGCCGAGGGCCUGGUCCUCACGGAGCCACCCUCUUCCAGCACUUCCUGGACUCCUACCAAGUCAUGUUCUUCACACUUUUUGCCCUGCUGGCUGGGACCGCUGUCAUGAUCAUAGCCUACCACACAGUCUGCGCGCCCCGGGAGCUCACCGCACCUCCGGCCCUCUCCCCACGAGCCAGCCCUCGCCACAGCCCCCACUAUUUCGCUGCCUCGUCGCCGACGCCUUUCACCGCACUGCCUCCCAGCCGUAGAGCUAGCCCGCACUCGGGGCUCUGGAGCCCCGCAUACACCUCCCACUAGCCAGUGGGCCAGCCCUGCGCCCCCGCGGUGGGGACUGCGCCAGGCCCCCCUCGCUGCCUGCUCCGUUCUGGAGCUCAGGCUGUGCCCUCUAGCUGCUGCUUACACGCAGGAGUUCCAGUUGGCUUUGGUUUGGUUUCGUUCUUAGCCUUUGCGAAGAUGCUGGCUCAUUCCUUCGUGCCUGGUUGUCUGGGGUUUCUGGACAACAUGUAGUCAUGCUUUUCUUUCCCUCCAGUCUCUAGAACCACUCUCUUCUCAAGACUUUGAGCAGGCAGAAGCUCCAUUUCCUAGGAGGGGAUGUGACUGCGGUGGCCUCAGGGAAAGGACUUUUUAAUCACUUCAUUUUUGUGGGGUGUUCCCCUCACGUGAAAACUUUACCCCUAGUCUGGCUCCUGCUAGGAGAUGAGGGGAGGGAACAGACAUGAGUGUCAGGUGCGGGCCUCGUGACUGCACAGAAGCCUCAGGAACGCAGCGGUGGGGACCCCGUGCUGGCUCAGCCUCCCCGGGGGGAACGCUCACUCACCACGGGAGCCGGGAGCCGGGCCGCCUUCUGCCCCUCUGUGGGCCACUGUGACUAAGCGUGGGAACGUCUCCUGGACGUGGCCACAGCACCAUUGGGAUGUCCUGUGGGGUCUGGUUCCUUCUCCCUCUCCUGGCCUCUCUAUGGAAUUGUAGUUAGGAAAAUGUCCUUGAGCCGGAGACCGGGAUCUGUUCUUCUGUGUGUUCUCCUGGAGAAGCCACUAUGUUCCGCCCAAGCGCAAAGACCCAGUGUUAAUCUGUUCCUCCUUUUGCAUCUCAGCAGACCUGAGCCUCUGGCCCGCCCGGUGCGGGCACCAGUCUCCCCAUUGGCAUCGCUCCCCAGCAGGCCACGGAGCCCGACCUGGCCAGUGAGGGGGGUGGGCCUGCCCUCCAGGAAGGGGCUGGGAAGGAGAAGACAAUGAGGAAAAGGCCCUCCUCCUUCCCAGACCCUUGUUCAUUCAGCAUCGGAGGCCCCCAGAACGCGGCCCCUCUGCCCUAGGCCGAGAGCCGUGCCACUCUCAGGAUGAACUGGGACGCCCCGCAGGGCCAGGUAUGCGUGGCCACUGUGUGUGGGGAGUCGUCCGCUUGACUCUGAGCCACAAGUGUGAAUCCACUUCAGGCCUCUAGGGCUGGACCAUGUGAUUUAUUUUUUGUAAAGCUGGAGACCGGAAGAAUUGUGCCUUGCAUAUUACUUGAGCUCAAACUGACAACUUGGAUGUAAAUAGGCGCGUUUCUACUUGGUUUAUUUAAUAAAGCUCUAAUUUCGUAA